AUGAGCGGCUUCCUCACUCGAUUACGGGAUUUCGAUGCUUACACGAAGCCGUUAGACGAUUUUCGAGUCAAGACGCUAACUGGGGGUGCAGUUACUGUACUUGCUGGGAUUACGAUUAUUAUCUUAGCAAUCAGUGAAACGACUUCAUUUCUAAGAACUGAUGUAGCUGAACAAUUAUUUGUUGAUUCAACAACUUCCGAUCAAAGAGUCCAUGUGAAUUUCGAUAUCACUUUCCAGAAAUUGCCUUGUCCUUUUGUGACAGUUGAUGUGAUGGAUGUGAGUAGCGAUAAUCAGGACAAUAUCCAAGACGACAUUUACAAAGUUCGAGUCGAUCAACAUGGGAACAACAUGACGGCACCGAAUAAAAUUGAAGUCAAUCAGAACAAAACCGGCGAAGUGGCGUUGGCGCCAACCACGCCAAAGUGCGGCAGUUGUUAUGGAGCUUUACCAGAUGGGAGUUGCUGUAAUACUUGCGAGGAAGUGAAAGACGCUUAUCACAUUAGAGGCUGGCAAAUGGAUGCACAAACUGUUGAACAAUGCAAGAAUGAUCCCUGGGUGAAAAUACUUCUCGAGUACAAAGAUGAAGGUUGUCGAGUUUAUGGAAAAGUUCAAGUCGCAAAAGUGGCUGGGAAUUUCCAUCUGGCGCCUGGUGAUCCACAUCGAACAAUGAGAGCUCAUGUCCACGAUCUUCACUCGAUGGAUCCAACGAAAUUCGACUGUUCCCACACCAUUCAUCAUCUCUCAUUCGGCACUCAUUACCCUGGGAAAUCUUAUCCAUUAGAUCAAAAACAUUUUGAAAGUGCUAAAGGUGGGAUUAUGUAUCAAUACUAUGUGAAAGUUGUGCCUACAUCUUAUGUGCAUUUGAAUGGAAACACCGAGGCGAGUCAUCAAUUCUCUGUCACUACACAUCCAAAGCAAUUAGGCCAAGGUGUAGCCGGAUUGCCAGGUGUCUUUGUUCAAUACGAGUUCAGCCCAUUGAUGGUCCGAUAUGAGGAAAGGAGACAAUCCCUCUCGGAAUGGUUGGUCUCUUUGUGUGCAAUUGUUGGUGGUGUCUUCACCGUUGCUUCACUCAUCGACUCAUUCAUCUACUCCACACAAAGAGUUAUCGAAAAGAAGAUGCAAAUCAAUAAACUUGGA